AUUCAAUUGCACCCCUGUUACACUUGCUGUUUUGGUUAAGCCCAUAAAAUCGCUCACCUGUUAUUACUAUACCUUUUGUCAAAAUUUCUCUUCCUUUCUUUCCCUCUAUCGACUGCUAAAGAAACAAGUUUGGUAUUCAGAACUGCUACUAUUUACCAUUUGCCCCUCAACUUUCCAGCCAUCCCAUCUCUCUCGAGAGAGGAAGAAGAGAAGAAGGUAGAAAGAUGCUGCCACAGAGACUAAAGAAGACAAUUACAGAUAACCCCAAGAAGCUUGCUAACUUGAUUGACCUUGUAAAUCUUCCUUCCACAGUUAGAGAGUUUGUGGGUCAGUCUCAGAUUUCACGUUUGGGUUGCUUCAUGCGUGUUUGGUCUUAUAUCAAAGAGAACAAUCUUCAGGAUCUGAACAACAAGAAUGUCGUAAAUUGUGAUGAAAAGUUGAGGAGUGUUUUACUGGGCAAGCCUCGAGUUGAGCUGGCCGAGCUUCCUGCACUUAUCAAACUGCAUUUUCCCAAAGAGCCAAAGUAAGUCGUAGGAUUCGAGAUUAGGCUCCACAGAUUGUCUUCCUCAGCUUGUAUCUCGAAGAUCUCUAGCUGCUUUUUGUUGUGUUAAAUCAAUUGAUGGGUCUUUAUGUAUCAGCCACCAUAUGUGAUAGUUUGGACUAAACUUGUUAUUCAAAUUUAUGCAUUUGAAGGACCUUAUUUCGCAAUGAAGAACAAUUUUAUUGGUUAAUAUUGUUUCUUUGUGUAUCUAGUGUCCAUUAUUAUAGUCCAAAUUAGAAGUGUAAUUAAUCGAGUUUAAGUUGAUAUAGUGUUAAAC